AUGAUCUCUGCCGAAUCUCAAGGGGGCCCAAAUAUCGCCCUCAUCACCAUAAUAUGCAGUUGGACAUUUUUGGUGGUUGCCUUGCUAGGCGUCAGCCUCCUUAUCUGGGCCCGGCGAACCAGGAAAAAAGGCCUGGGCCUAGACGUCUAUCUGACCGUUCUUGCCUUGGCGACGACUAUCGCCCUUGUAGCGCAGACCACGUGGGCUAUCGCGGAUGAAGGUCAGGAUGAUCAUGAGGCUGAAAUCUCGAGGACAAAAUUCGCCGUGGUCGUAAGGUCACUUCUGGUGAAUCAGACUCUAUGGGGAUUGUGUAUCUGGAGGCUACAGAUGGAAAGGGCUACAAAAAUGUCUAUUUCAACUCCGUUUUCGGUCGGCGUCUUAGUCUUCAUCGUCACUGGACUACGGAUCCAGGCUCUCCGCAUGGUCAAUGCCCCCGACUUCACCUACUCGAAAGGCUACCUUGGUCUGCUCACUACCUUAGGUGCAUCCCUUGGAAACAUCUUCUGUUGUGCGCCAUUUGCACCAUUGAUAUACCAGCAAUUGCGGAAAGCGUAUCUCAAACGCGUGUCAAGGGCUGUCCAUAUCGACGAGGAAAACGCUGCGGCAGCCUCUGAGACCCUAGAUGAGAUCUCGCUUCCCAUGACCGAAGAUAAUGCUACUCAGACUCAUGACAGAAAUAUACUGAUCGGCGUGUCAACGGUUACCCAUAUCGACGAGGAAAACGCUGCGGCAGCCUCUGAGACCCCAGAUGAGAUUUCGCUUCCCGUAAUUAGGGAUCACACGACUCAGACUCGCGGUAGAAGCCUACUCAAAAGCGUGUCAAGGGCUGUCCAUCAAGGCACCCAAUGGUCCAGACGGUCCGUCCAGAAGCCUGGACCGGUCCAAUUGAAGCUGUUUUCCCUCCACUUAGAUGAACCGGUCGAGACAAACUUGGACCGUGCGUCGUAA